AUGGAGAGACUUUGCUCUGGUGACAACCUGCGGCUCGGGGGCUCUGCACGGACAUAUGUCUACCGAGAACCGACCACAGCCAUCCAACUCAGCACCAAAGGCGUCCGUCUGAAGACUCCCGGACUGUCCGAGCAGGAGCUUCCAGAACCUCCCCUGGACUCGCCUCGGCUGCUCCCAGGAAAGCCAAGCCCGCAGAUCAGCAUCAACUUGGGUACUGCGAAGCCGCAAGAAUCAGCAGAUGUUGUGGACGAGCCUGCCAUGCAGGGGCCCAUGGACACGUCUCCAGAUGCAAAGAUGUCUGCAGCGGCAGAGGAUGAUGCGAGGAAAGUGCCUCCGGGUAGCCCGGAAGAUCAAGAGGCUGUGCUCGCAGCCCUGGAGUCCCUGGUUGCCACGACUGGCACAGAGACGAAGACGGGGAGGCCGGCCGAAGCCCCCAAAGCGGCGCAGACAAAGGCUGCGAAGAAACGGUCCUCGUCAUCGUCUUCUGAAGACAAGCGGAAGUCGAAAUCGAAAAAGAGGAAGUCCUCCACUUCAUCUUCCUCGAGCAGACGGAAACGCAAGAGCAAGUCGAAAAAGCGCAGCUCUUCCUCGACCUCAGCCUCCAGGGAGAAAGCCAAGAGGAAAUCCAAAAAGAAGUCGUCUUCGUCCUCCUGA